AUGGCGGCUGAUAAUGCAGUUUCGGAGAAGGCUCCAGAAAAACUCACAAACGGCGACCAUGCAGCUGAGGCUGCCGAGGAGAACAAUGGAGGAGGUGUUUUCCAGAUCACGGUGAAAUUACCGCAUGAGCCCUAUAAGAUUCAGGUGAUGGUUUCGAGCCAAGAACAAGUGCAAGAUCUUCGCCAGUCCAUCGUUGAGCUUCCCGGCACUUUUCAAUAUACGUGCUUCCAUCUCGAAUUCAAUGGACAGCGAAUCAACGACUACAUCGAGCUAUCAGAAGUCACUGAUCUCAAAGCUGAUUCCGAGGUCACCCUUGUCGAAGAUCCAUACACGGAGAAGGAGGCUCGCAUGCAUGUCGUUCGCAUCAGGGAACUGAUCGGCGCUGCUGGCGACCGUGUUGAUAACUUGCAGGGCCUCUCUACUGGCUUGUCACUUCAUGAUUCUGUGGCAAGCGAGGUAGACAGCUCGGAGUCAGAGACUCAUCCUCUUACCGGCUACGAUCCGAAUGCUUCUGGAACUUUCAACACCAUUCUACCACGAGCAGAAGAACCUGCCCCGAAGACCAUCAAGGCUAUUUCGCUUUCGCCGUGGAACCCCCCACCAUAUCAUCUGCGACAGAAGGGCCACCUCCUUUAUCUGCAAGUGACCACCAACGAGGGUGAACAACACCAGAUCACGUCCCAUGUUUCUGGCUUCUACGCAAACAAGUGCUCGAACGCCAAAUUUGACCCAUUCCCACGUCCAGCACCCAAGAAUAACAGUGCUCAUUCUUUACUUACAUUAAUUUCGCAAAUCUCGCCGUCCUUCGAGAGCAGCUUCCGUGCAUUGCAGGAGUCGAACAGUCAGCGUGAUCUUCUGACCACAUUUCCUUUCCAGAACGCUAUUCCAAAUAGCCCCUGGUUGGUGGCUUCCACCGCAGCUUCUUUGACUGCUCAUCAGCCGGACGUAGCACGCUCUCAGGAGAACUUGUUGAUUGCAGGUGUCGAUAAUUCAGAGACUCUUCGCGACUGGAAUGAAGAGUUCCAGUCCACUAAAGAGCUUCCUAGGGAGACCGUUCAGGAUAGAGUCUUCCGGGAACGCUUGACUUCUAAACUCUUUGCUGAUUAUAACGAUGCCGCCGCUCGAGGUGCCGUAUUGGUUGCUAGAGGCGAAGUGGCGCCCUUAAACCCCACCGAGGGUCGUGACGCUCAAAUAUUCGUCUAUAAUAAUAUCUUCUAUUCUUUCGGAGCAGACGGUGUCGGUACCUUCGCUUCCGAGGGAGGAGACGAAGCGGCACGCGUUGCAGUUGGAAAGGAUGUUCUAGGUAUUAAAGCAGUCAAUCAACUGGAUAUUCCGGGUCUUUUCACACCAGGUACCGUUGUCGUGGACUACCUCGGAAAGCGUGUGGUGGGUCAAAGCAUCGUUCCAGGUAUUUUCAAGCAGCGCGAGCCUGGCGAGCACCAGAUUGACUACGGUGGUGUUGAAGGGAAAGAGGUUGUCGCUGAACAUCCCGACUUUGUCCCUGUCUUUGAGAAGCUUUCAAAAGCCCUGCGAGUCAAGAAGCACGCUGUUUGGGACAAGGAAGGAAAACGCCACGAUCUUGAGGGCAGUGUUGAAACUAAAGGGUUGCUUGGAACUGAUGGUCGGAAAUAUGUUUUAGACCUGUACCGCAUAGCUCCUCUUGACAUCUCUUGGACCGAUGAAGAAAGUUAUCAUGAUGCUUACCCUCAUCGUAUGUCCAUCUUGCGUCUUGAAUUGGUGGAGUCAUACUGGCGGUCAAAGAUGAGUCAAUACGUCAAGGAUGAGGUUGAGAAGCGACGAAGCAAGAAGGCAGAAGAGAAGGCAGCCAAGGCCGACGCGGAAACCGAGGAUGCUGACAAAGCUGCAGAGGAACAAGAGCGUGUGGAUAUCUCUGGUUUCAGCCUUGCGCUUAACCCGGACGUUUUCAGUGGGCAAAUUCCUCAGACGGAGGAAGAGAAGAAAGAGUGGGCUGAAGAUGAGCAGGAAGUCCGCAAUGCGUGCGAAUAUUUGCGAUCACGCGUACUUCCUGAACUCAUCCAGGAUCUAUACAACGGGGAUGUUGGCUUCCCAAUGGAUGGACAGUCCUUGAGUCAAUUACUCCACAAGCGUGGUAUCAAUAUUCGUUACUUGGGCCACUUAGCCUGUUUGUCUGAGGAGAAAGGUCACCGAUUGCAAUCCUUGACAACCUUGGUUAUCCAAGAAAUGAUUGCACGUUCUUUCAAACACAUUGCUAACCGAUAUCUUCGCUCUCUACCUCCACCAUUCGCUGCUUCGUGUGUUGCUCAUCUCUUGAACUGUCUCCUUGGCUCUGAUGUGAACGGAAAGCCUCAAGCAGAUAUUGAUGAGUCUCUGCGCGAGAUUUACCCUGAGGCUGAUUUUGCGUUUGAGAAGGUUACUCCUGCCAGCCUGCACGCGGAGAUUGAGAAACAAGUCGAGAUUAGAUAUCGUUUCUCUCUCUCAUCUGAUUGGGCUAGCUCUCUCAAGCAUGUGCAAUUGCUACGUGAUAUUUCAAUUAAAUUGGGUCUUCAACUUGCAGCUCGGGAAUUUGCUUUCACCAAGGCUCAAGCAGCAUCCCAGCUUGUGGUGACCAAUGGCGUGGAUGAGACCAAACAGGAGGACACUAACAGCAAGAAGAAGAAGAAGAAGACUGCCAGCGACAGUACCUCCCCAACACGCCCGACUAUUGCCAAACCGGUUACCACUUUCUUAGCGGAUGAUAUUUUGAAUUUUGUUCCGCUUAUUAAGGAUGCAGCUCCACGAAGUGCUUUGGCUGAAGAGGCUUUGGAGGCCGGUCGUAUCUCUCUAAUGCAGGGCCAGAAACAGCUCGGCCAGGAGUUGAUUCUAGAAUCUCUCUCCUUGCAUGAACAGAUCUACGGCAUUCUCCAUCCCGAAGUCGCCAAGUUGUACCACCAACUGUCAAUGUUGUAUUAUCAGACCGAUGAGAAGGAUGCCGCUGUUGAGCUUGCACGCAAGGCUGUGAUUGUCACAGAACGCACGCUAGGUGUUGACUCCGCAGACACUAUCUUGAGCUACCUGAAUUUGAGUCUGUUCGAGCACGCUACUGGUAACACAAAGAUGGCUUUGGUAUACGUUAAGCAUGCCUUGGAUCUCUGGAAGAUCAUAUAUGGUCCUAACCAUCCUGAUUCCAUCACCACCAUGAACAAUGCCGCCGUUAUGCUGCAACAUCUCAAGCGGUAUUCUGAUUCUCGAAAGUGGUUCGAGGCUUCUCUCACGGUUUGCGAGGAGUUGUUCGGUAGACAGUCCGUCAACACUGCAACUAUUUUAUUCCAACUCGCACAAGCCUUGGCUUUGGACCAGGAUUCAAAGGCUGCUGUGAAUCGUAUGCGCGACGCCUAUAAUAUUUUCCUUGCAGAGCUCGGCCCUGAAGAUCGCAACACUAAGGAAGCCGAAAGCUGGUUGGAGCAGCUCACACAGAACGCCGUUUCUAUCGCGAAGCAUGCCAAGGAUAUUCAAGCUCGCCGACUUCGCAAGGUCAACCUCAGCACACGGGUCUCGCUGGGUACGAAACCUCAACCUCAAGUUGGCCAGUCAGCUUCAGGAGCUGCUGGCGUACAGGAUGCCCCGGCUGCUACAUCACAGCUUGAUACCAGAAGCAUCGAUGAACUCUUGAAGUUUAUUGAGGGCGGAGAGACCAGCAGCCCCCGUGGCAAGCAAUCAAAGAGAGGAACCGCCAACCCUAAGCUCCGCGGCACAAAGCAAUCCAAAUGA